AUGGACCUGAAGAUGUUCCUGCUCUUCACUGUAUUUCUGCUUCACUCUGCCCUGGGCUUCCCUGUUCAGGGGAUCUAUGAAAACAGCACAACAACAACAGAACCUGCUGAGGUUACUACUACACAAGAGGAUAUAUAUGAAUCUCCAUUGCCCACAGAGACUGACGGCGAGGAUGAGGAUGAGGUUAUUUUUAACAGAAUUCUGAAGGCUAACCAAGACAGCUCUCAGUUCUUGCAAGAGGGUGAUAUAGUUCCACGGAGGAGUCGCAGUGCCAUCAACUGUCGCAACUGCAACUGGCCCCAGUCAAGUGAUGGCAUCGUUCAUGUUCCUUAUGUCCUGGAUCCUACUUAUGAGGAGAACCACAUCAAAGGGAUUCAUGAUGCCAUGGCAGAAUUUGAGGCACUGACCUGUAUUAAUUUUGUGAAGCGCAAGACAGAACGCGACUACCUCAACAUCAGAUCUGCUGAUGGCUGCUGGUCCAACUAUGGGAGAGUAGGAGGUGGACAGACUGUCUCUGUGAUGAAAGGAGGCUGCAUGUGGAAAGGAAUAAUUCAGCAUGAACUGGAGCAUGCUCUGGGCUUUUUGCACGAACAUUCUCGAAGCGACAGAGAUAAACACGUAAAGAUCAUGUGGGAGUACAUCAGUCCAGCUGACAGGUCAGACUUCAAGAAGUUUGAAAACUCCAAUAACCUGGGCCUUCCGUACGACUAUUCCUCAGUCAUGCACUAUGGCCCAUACACCUUCACUAACACCACUGGGAAAGCAACUAUUGUACCAAUUCCUGACGGAUCAGUACACAUUGGACAGAGGCAGGGGCUGAGCAACUUGGAUGUGGCCAAAAUCAACAAACUUUACAACUGCAGCCGUUGCAGCACUAUCCUCGACGCACCCUCUGGGUUUCUGAGAUCUGCCAACCACCCAAGAAAUUACUCAGACAACACCAACUGUGUCUGGCUCAUCCGAACCCGAUCCAGGAAGGUUUCCCUGCAGUUUCAAGCCUUUGAGCUGCAGAAAACCAGAGGUUGUCAGGGUGAUUAUGUUAAAGUUUAUGAUGGAUCCAGCAAGUCUUCUCCAGUUCUAAUGGACAAGACCUGUGGAUCAAAGAUACCAAAUGACAUAGUUGCUUCUGGUAGUCUUAUGCUUGUAGAGUUCAUCUCAGAUGGUGCUGAUACAGCCUCUGGUUUCCAAGCAACCUUUACUGCUGUGUUUCCAUUGACUGAGCAGAUUGUCAAGAGAAGGAUUAUUGAUGUUAAAAGAAGCAAUGCAAAGAACUGCAAGCAGCAGAAGCUACAAACAGUGAGAGUGGAAGAAGAAACCUAA